AUGCAGCGCUCAGCCCAGACCGAGACCUCGCCGCAGCUCGCCUUAGCCACGGAUAUUAGUCAACUGAUUAACGCUACCGAGUACGCGGCCUUUUCCGCCAGUUGGGAGCUAAACUUCCUUUGCGGAUCAAAAGUGACCCCGAGGUAUUUCGCCUCCGGGGUCAUUUUUACCUUAGUCCCACCAAGUCACAGGUCAAGGGGCUUACUUAGUUGGCCCUUGAUCCACAAGGUCUGCGACUUGGCCGCCGAGAAGCGACCAGCAUUUGGCCUUCGACGAGUUCGACCUUUGCGGCUUUGCUUAAGCGGUUCAAAUGUUCAAUUGCGACAAGAAUACAAGAUUAUAAGAAUAAGAUUAUACAUUAAGAUGUGUUCAGCUGUGUGGAAUGCUUUCACUAAGUCCGAGUGUGGAACUCGGGCAACUUGUGAAAUAUGUUUCAAAGGCUAUUCGAAUUCAGGAAAUACGACAAAUUUAUGGAAUCAUUUAAGUAGUACUCACAAAGCUGAAUACCACGAACUAAGAAAUUUAAAGAAAAAAGAUCAAAGCAAUACUAUGACAGAAUCACAGGAAAACGAUACACUUGAAUUAACAUCAUCACAAGAUACAUUACAAUUAACUGAUUCGUCCUCCUCAGAAGUUUCAUAUAAUAGUAAUUGUCAAAAUAAUGUAACCAAGAAGUCUAAAUUUGAACUUGAACAUAAACAAUCAUCUAUGAAGUCCUUCACUUUAACUCCAAAUUCAAAACUGAAAUUGGAUAAAGUUCUGGCAUAUUUCAUUUCUGUUGAUAUGAUGCCUUAUAAUUUGGUAGACAAAGAAGGAUUUAAACUAUUUGUUAACGCUUUAAAUCCUAGUUAUCGACUGCCUAGCCGAACCACAUUUACAAUAUUUUUAUCUUUGACAACUGAUUGCUGGACAUCUGUAGCACAAAAACCAUUUAUAGCUUUAACUGGACAUUUUAUGGAUAAAAGUAUGAAUUUAGAAACAAUAUGCCUUGGGUGUCAAGAAAUGUCAGACAAUCAUACAGGAGAAAAUUUGGCAGAUGCUAUACAGCUAAUCUUACUAGAGUAUGAUCGAGAAAUAAAUGUUGGUAUUGGAGCGAUAACAACUGAUAAUGGGGCAAAUGUAUUAAAAGCAGUAAAUAAUUUAUCAAUUUCACAUGUUUCUUGUUUUGGACAUAGCUACAAUAUAGCUAUAAAAAGAGUUUUCAACUUAGAUCAGGUUAAAACUGCUGUUAAUAAAAUUAAGGCAAUUCAGAACAUUUUUGGUUAUAGUUGGACGGCCAUUAGAGAAUUGUCCAUUGAGCAACGACGCUAUGGGUUACCAACUGUGAAAUUUCCAACAUAUUCAAAAACAAGGUGGUGGUCAUUGUUAGACCUAAUAGAAAUAGCCAUAUCUCAAGAAUUAGCAUUAGCAUCAUUUCUAAGAAGUUAUAAAAAUGGCAUUCACAAAGACAAAAUGUAUAAUGAAGAAGAAAUGAUUGUCUUAAAAACAUUAAUACAUGUUUUACAGCCUAUUCGACAAAUUUCAGACAAUCUUGCAGUGCUUGAUCCUAGAUUUAAGUUUGACGUGAUUUCUUUGGAAACUCAUGAUGCAGAAACCUUAGCAAUAAAAACUCUUAUUAAAAAAGAAUGUAUUGAAGCUUGGGAAUAUUGGAUAAAAACUUCAAAUGAUACAUUAAUUAUUGAUUCCGAACCACGAACAAAAAAACAAAAUAUAGGAUUGACCGCAAUAUUUGAUACAUUUAAUCAAACACAAUCAACUGAUAGAGAAAUUUCAUUAUCUGAUGGAAUUGAUAAAGAGAUUGACGCUUAUUUUCAAGUUCCGAAAAUACCAUGCAAUCAAAGCUCUUCAACAUGGUGGUUUUCAAAUGGAAGUAUGUUUCCAAAGCUUCAAAUUAUGGCUAGAAAAUACAUGUGUAUACAAGCUACAAGUGUUCCCAGUGAACGAGUCUUCAGUAGAGCUGGAAAUAUUGUUACGGAUCAUAGAGCAUCAUUAAGUGAUGAACACUGCUCACAACUUAUAUUUUUAUCUAUGAACAAGAAGUUCGUACUCAAACCGUUUCCUUAA